GUGGUGCGCACGCUCGUUUCCAUGUCAUUGGCGGCCAGCGCCGGCUGCGAGGGGGACGGAGGGAAAAGCAUUGUCUGUCCCGGGAAAGAGAAGGGAGUCGUUCGCGAGUUGUUUUUUCUUCUUCAUUGUGGCUUCCAAGGUAUCGGACUUCCAGCAGAGCUGUGGUGAGAUCAGGAGGUGACAACAAAAAUGCAUCGAUUAAGGACUUGUGCUGCUAAGCUGAGGCCAUUGACGGCCCCUCAGACUGCUAAAAAAUUAUCACACAAUGGGCCAGCAGUGUCUAGGACGUUUCAGCAAGGCCGCUUCUAUACGGCGCCUGUGGCAGCUGAGCCCUUUCUGAGUGGGACUAGUUCGAACUAUGUUGAGGAAAUGUACUUUGCGUGGCUUGAAAACCCACAGAGUGUUCAUAAGUCUUGGGAUGUAUUCUUCCGAAAUGCCAACGCGGGAGCGCCACCAGGCACAGCUUACCAAAGUCCUCCGCCGUUGGGUGCCAGCAUGGCGUCUCUGUCCAGUGCCCAGUCCGUGGUGGUGGCUCAGCCCAAUGUGGACAAGUUGGUGGAGGAUCACCUGGCAGUACAGUCGCUCAUCAGAGCUUACCAGAUACGGGGACAUCACGUUGCGCAGCUCGACCCUCUAGGAAUCCUGGAUGCGGACUUGGAUUCGUCCCUUCCAGCUAACCUAGUCACCAGCUCAAACGGACUUGACAUCGCAGUCUGCAAGGAGCGUCUGAAAAGGUUAACAGUAGGAGAAUGCCUUCAGCACCUCAAAUCCUCCUCCAGCUCCCGAAAGGCAUUUUACGGCCUGGAUGAGUCAGACCUGGACAAAGUCUUCCACUUGCCAACCACCACCUUCAUCGGUGGCAAUGAAACUGCCCUUCCUCUCCGGGAGAUCAUUCGGAGGAUGGAGAUGUCUUACUGCCAGCACAUUGGAGUUGAGUUCAUGUUCAUCAACGACCUGGAGCAGUGUCAAUGGAUCAGGCAGAAGUUUGAGACUCCGAGCGCCAUGCAGUUCACGAAUGAAGAGAAACGCACUCUUUUGGCCAGGCUAGUCCGCUCCACCAGGUUUGAGGAGUUUCUGCAGAGGAAGUGGUCAUCUGAGAAGCGCUUUGGUCUGGAAGGCUGUGAGGUGCUGAUCCCGGCACUGAAGACCAUCAUUGACAAGUCGAGUGAGAAUGGUGUGGACAAUAUUAUCAUGGGCAUGCCUCACAGGGGCCGUCUGAACGUGUUGGCUAAUGUCAUCAGGAAGGAACUGGAGCAGAUAUUUUGUCAGUUCGACUCCAAGUUGGAAGCUGCGGAUGAGGGGACCGGUGAUGUGAAAUACCAUCUAGGGAUGUACCACCGCCGUAUUAAUCGCGUAACAAACCGGAACAUCACUCUGUCUCUUGUGGCGAACCCCUCUCACUUGGAGGCCGUCGACCCUGUUGUACAAGGCAAGACCAAAGCCGAACAGUUUUACCUUAGUGACUCUGAAGGCAAGAAGGUCAUGUCCAUUCUGUUGCACGGCGAUGCUGCGUUUGCGGGACAGGGAAUAGUCUACGAAACCUUCCAUCUCAGUGACCUGCCUUCAUACACCACCCACGGGACAAUCCACGUAGUAGUCAAUAACCAGAUCGGGUUCACGACCGACCCCCGGGUGGCCCGCUCCUCUCCAUACCCGACAGAUGUGGCCCGCGUUGUCAACGCCCCCAUCUUCCACGUGAAUGGCGAUGAUCCCGAGGCGGUGAUGUAUGUGUGUAACGUGGCUGCAGAGUGGAGGAGCACUUUCCAUAAGGAUGUGGUGGUGGAUUUGGUCUGUUAUCGACGCAAUGGCCACAACGAGAUGGACGAGCCAAUGUUCACGCAGCCCCUGAUGUACAAGCAGAUCAAGAAACAGAAGGCCGUGCUGAAGAAGUAUGCAGAGAAGCUCAUCGCUGAGGGAGUGGUGACACAACAAGAGUUUGAGGCUGAAAUGUCCAAGUACGAUAAGAUCUGCGAGGAGGCCUACGCCCGAUCCAAGGAUGAGAAAAUCAUGCAUAUUAAGCACUGGCUCGACUCGCCAUGGCCUGGUUUCUUCACCCUCGACGGGCAGCCGAAAAGCAUGAAGUGCCCCUCCACGGGUCUGAGCGAGGAGACGCUGGCACACAUCGGGAACGUGGCCAGCUCUGUACCAGUUGAGGACUUCACCAUUCACGGAGGUUUAACCCGUAUCUUAAAAGGCCGUGGCGAGAUGGUGAAAAACCGCACUGUGGACUGGGCCUUGGCUGAGUACAUGGCCAUUGGGUCCUUGCUGAAGGAAGGCAUUCAUAUCCGCUUGAGUGGGCAAGAUGUGGAGAGAGGAACCUUCAGUCAUCGGCAUCAUGUGCUGCACGACCAAAACGUAGAUAAGAAGACUUGUAUUCCCAUGAACCAUCUGUGGCCAAACCAGGCUCCGUACACCGUGUGUAACAGCUCGCUCUCGGAAUACGGCGUGCUGGGUUUCGAGCUGGGGUUUGCGAUGGCUAGCCCCAACGCACUGGUCCUGUGGGAGGCCCAGUUUGGAGAUUUCCACAACACCGCCCAGUGCAUCAUCGACCAGUUCAUCAGUCCAGGCCAGGCCAAGUGGGUCCGGCAGAACGGGAUUGUCCUGCUGCUUCCUCACGGCAUGGAAGGAAUGGGGCCCGAGCACUCGUCCGCGAGGCCUGAGCGCUUCCUGCAGAUGUGCAACGAUGAUCCCGACGUAGUGCCGAAAAUGAUGGAAGACUUUGCAGUGCAGCAGCUGUACGAUGCCAACUGGAUCGUGGUGAAUUGCUCCACUCCCGCCAACUACUUCCAUGUGCUGAGGAGACAGAUACUGCUACCUUUCCGCAAGCCGCUCAUUAUCUUCACCCCCAAAUCAUUGCUGCGUCAUCCUGAUGCAAAAUCCAGCUUUGAUAUGAUGCUGCCAGGUACAGAAUUCCUGCGUGGAAUUGUGGAGGAUGGGCCUGCUGCUGAGAAACCAAAGGAAGUUAAAAGACUGCUGUUUUGUACUGGUAAAGUAUAUUACGAGUUGGCGAAAGAACGCAAGAACAAGAACCUGGAAGCUGAGGUUGCCAUCACCAGAUUAGAGCAGCUCUCUCCCUUCCCAUUUGAUGUCGUGGAGGAAGAGGCCAAGAAGUACUCUAAUGCUGAGUUGGUCUGGUGCCAGGAGGAGCACAAGAACCAGGGCUACUACGAAUAUGUGAAGCCGCGCAUCCGUGCUACCACUCGCCGUGAGCGCCCGGUCUGGUAUGUCGGGCGUGAGCCGGCCUCUGCCCCAGCAACGGGCAACAAGAACACCCACCUGCACGAACUGAAGAGAUUUCUGGAGACCAGCUUCAACCUGGAAGCCUUUAGCAACCUCAACAACUAGGACCCAGACUUUUGACUCGCUUCGACACCUUAAACCUCCAUCUUCCGUCCUCACUCUUAGGGACUAUGUCGUGCAUGCUACUGAGAUCUAAUUCCCACAACUUGGUGAGAGGCUUGCAUCUGCAGCAUUUAUUUCAGAUAGGGGAAAAAAAACAAAAACUCGAUUCAAUACAGGAAUUAUGAAGCGGGGGAGAAAAGCCGCGUACAAACAGCCCACUGACGUGCUUUACGUUUCACCCCACUCUCCUUUUCAAAUGUAUUGUUUAGUUGAACUGAGCAGUUGAAGUAACAAAGGUGUGGUUUGUACAUUUUGUGAAUAAGGAAUUUUUCUAUUUCUGAACUGGCCAUGGGCUGAACUCCCGGUCAAUGGCUGGAUCAUGUCCUGAUUUUAGCUCCCCCCACCACCCCACUGAACACUCCCCACUCUCUUUCUCCUCCCCACCCCCCUCCUCUGCUACCAUGGGUUCUGCCCAAGAUUUUGAAGCAAUUUGGGAGAAGGCAUUGCACUUUCAGCGUGUGCCAAAAUCAAAGACUACACUGUAUCCCUCACCUGUGCGUGGAAGAACCUUCUCUCAACGACCACUUCUUGCAGUUGCGCAGUAGGAAGAGCUGAGUUUAUUUAUUUUGGUACAAAUAAAAAAAAAACUUUUCAACUGAGUAUAGCUUCAUCAAUAAAGAGACAUUUUCCUCGUGCAACCUUUGGCUUUUCUUUUGAACGCACAUCACAACUCCCUGUGGAGGUGGCUUCUCACCUGCACCUUGAAGAAAGCGGGCUGGCCUAAGGUUCCAGAGCUUUGUGGGGUUGGUGGGGCAGGAGGAGAGCAGAAUGUGCCAGGUUCCAGAACUGCACAGCAGGCAAGAGUGGAAGAAAUCAAUGUUCAUGGGGGUGGGUGGCCAAUGGAUCAGACCAUGCUCAAGAGGACUGGUUUGUUGGGGGGGUGGGCAGGCAGGGGGAGUUCAGCAGCCAAGAACAGAAAGCAGGAGAAAGC